AUGGUCGACGGAGUAGAGCCCACCAAGGGAGGCUACUACCUUUGGAACUACCUCCCCUCGAUGGCCGCCGCUGUUAUAUUCAUCCUACUUUUCAUGGUUACCACCGGUUUGAUCUGGUGGCGAAUGUUCCGUACCAAGACCUGGUUUUGCACCCCGUUUGUGGCUGGGGGCUUCCUGGAGUUCGCCGGUUACUGCGCAAGAGCGUCUGCUCACAGCAAGACUGGUAGAAUCAUGCCAUUCGCUGUACAAAACGUCUUCAUUCUCCUUGGCCCCGCUUUCUUCGCUGCAUCAAUCUACAUGUGUCUGAGUCGCAUCAUUCGCAGUAUACAAGCCGACCACCUUUCCGUGAUCGAGCCUCGGAAGUUGACGAAGAUAUUCGUGACGGGUGACGUCCUCUCCAUCCUGGUUCAGGGAGGCGCUUCUGGCCUGAUGAUUACCGGCACGCAUGCAAAGCUCGGAGAAGGCAUCGUGAUCGCUGGUCUACUUAUUCAAGUGAUCAUGUUUGCACUAUUCGCGGUCACAGGGGUCAUCUUUCGGAACCGCAUACGCCAACGUCCUACUCCUGAGUCGUACACCAUCGAUGUUCCUUGGAGGGAGAGUUUACGCAUGCUGUUCAUCGUCUCCGCUCUCAUCAUGGUCAGAUCUGUCUUUCGCGUCGUAGAGUACGCCAUGGGUAAUGACGGGUAUCUUCUGAGGCAUGAAUGGACCAUGUACAUCUUCGAUUCAGUUCCAAUGUUCGCGGUUACCGUCUUGUACUACUUGUGGUACCCAACAAUACUGGUUGCUAUGAAGACCGAGCUGCAGAACAUUUCUGCAUAG